AUGAACACCCGCGCAAAACAACCUUCCACAUCUCCAGUCUGAAUGAGACCAUCCUAACCAUCAGCUGAUAUGGUUGCGCCCACCUCGCGCCAAUGGAAGAUGCAAACGGCCCCAAAACCAUAAUCCCCGCGCCGCCGGACAACGAUGACCAGCAGCACCCAGGGCGGACGCGCUCCAGCAGCGCAAGCAGCGGACACAAGCGCACCACAUCCAGCUCGCUCCUGUCACGGCUCUCCUUCCUGCGAAUGAUGCAAGCCAACCAGGACAAUAAUCCGUCCCAGCGAAACUACCCCAGCGCCAACCGCGACAGCGUCGACGAGCUCGGCCCGGGCCUAAAGGGGGCCAAGGCCAUGUCGACCGCGCUGCAGCAGCACAAGCGCACACGCAGACGGAGAGGCUCGCUACGGAAGACAGCGCUGCUGGGAACGCGGUUCGAACACCGCGAUAAGAAGAUCAGCCGGACGUCGUCGGAUGUUCUGCGGGGGGAGGUCAGGGAAGGACCACAGCAGCUGCCGCCGCCCCGCGCUGGGACGUUCCCUGUCGGCAGUGACAUGUACCCUAUCGGCAACCAGGACGAAGAAGAAAGUUAUGAGAAUACGCGAGCGUGGACGUUUAUGGAGGCGCCGUCGAGGUCUGCGGGGGACCAUCCUCAUCUGCCCCUCGCAAAGGACGACAAGAUGCUCGGGGGUGAGACGACCGACGACGAGGAGAUCAUGACGUUCCCGCGCGUCAAGAACACAAACGCCGCUGUCGCUGCGGCGCUGCAUAGUUCCUCCGCGGGCAGCAAUGCCGGCGCUGCAGGCUUGCACCUCCCGACGACCGCUUCCAGCGCAGACCCCUACUACGCUCUCCAGGCAGAGCCGGCGUACAGGGCCAUCCACCGGGCCAAAUCGCCUCUCACGACUCAUCCGGCGGAUAUAGCGGGUGGCCCGGAACUGGUGCGGGACUACUCGGAGACGGAGUGGUGGGGGUGGAUAAUUCUGAUUGUGACGUGGAUUGUGUUUGUUGUCGGCAUGGGGAGUUGCUUUGGGGUGUGGAGCUGGGCUUGGGAUGUCGGUGAGACGCCCUAUGCGCCGCCUGAGCUGGAGGAUGAUCCUACGCUGCCUAUUGUCGGGUAUUAUCCGGCGCUUAUUAUUCUGACGGCUGUUAUGUCGUGGGUUUGGGUUGUGGUUGCCUGGGUGGGUAUGAAGUAUUUUAAGCAUGCGAAUAUCUCGGGGGAUGAUAUAUGAUUGUACCAACCAAUGGAUCUUUAUGUGCUGUUUUUGUCG